AUGCUGCUAGCUGCGACCCAGGACGGCGGCGGCGGGGGAAGGGGGUUGGGGGUUAGCCCGGUGGUGCUCUUCGUGCUGGUGGUACUGGCCGUGGUGGUCUUCGUCAUCGGCCUGCUUCAUCUCCUGGUCAAGUUCUUGCGGUGGCGCGCCCGUGCGCACGCGGCGGCCGCGGAGGGCGGGGAGAUGGCUGGUGGCGGUGGUGAGGAAGAGGAGUCGGCGCUGCAGCGGCAGCUGCAGCAGCUGUUCCACCUGCACGACGCCGGGCUGGACCAGGCCGUCAUCGACGCGCUGCCGGUGUUCCUCUACGCCGAGGUGGUGGUCGGCUCCGGCGCCAAGGAGCCGUUCGACUGCGCCGUCUGCCUGUGCGAGUUCGCCGGCGACGACCGCCUCCGGCUGCUGCCCCUCUGCGGCCACGCGUUCCACAUCGACUGCAUCGACACCUGGCUGCUCUCCAACUCCACGUGCCCGCUCUGCCGCCGCGCGCUCGCCGCCGACGACGCGGCCGCGCUCCUCCUCGACGCCGCGCUCGACGAGGACUGGAGAAGGCGGGAGGAGGACGCGGUGUUCCCCGUGCGCCUCGGCAAGUUCAAGAACACGUCGAGGGCGGCCGGCCCCGUCAGCGCCGCCGCCGGCGGCAUUGUGGAGGGCGACACGAGCAGCAGCAGCAGCAGCCUGGACGCCAGGAGGUGCUACUCCAUGGGCUCCUACCAGUACGUCCUCGCCGAGGCCAGCCUGCAGGUGUCCGUCCACCGGCGGAACGGCGACGGCACCAAUGGCGGGGCCGAGAGGAUGAGGGGGGCGAGAGGGGUCGUCGCCAGCGGCGCCAAUCCGGCCGGCGGCCAGGGGAAGAAGAUUAGCGCGGGAAGCAAAGGCGACAGCUUCUCGGUGUCCAAGAUCUGGCAGUGGCCGCGGAACGGCAAGGGCAAGCUCCCCGUGCUCGCCUCCGACGGCGACUCGCCGGCGGUGGACGGCGCGCUGCAGUGGCCAAGGAGAAGCGUUGGGGAAUCGUGA